UCAUAUCGGGAUCACAGUCAUUGGGUGCGAUGCAGCCUCUGGGUGCUCUGCAACCGACAGCCGCCCGACCGACUGCCGCAGGGGCUUUCUGAACCCGAGCCGAGUGCUGCCUACACACACAAACUACCAGCUCUCAUACUCGGCAAAAUUGCUCUGCUAUCACGUACUGACCUAACAGUAUACGAUGUUUUCAAUGGACGCCGUUUCGCACGACAUUUUUUAAAUCGCAGUUUUCGAACAUGGAAAUUACCUCUUCUUCUCGGAUUAUUUUUGGUGUACAACUGUGAUCUCUUCAUCACACAUCGACUGGAGCAGAGUCAGACACUCCAUUUGCUAGCGCAUGCGAACAUCUCUCGUCUUUGGCAGUUAGCUUGGUAACGUUAGUCGACGUGUCUAGCUUUCUGGAUGUUUAGUGUCCAUAAUACUGGAUUUAGUUUUCAGUUGCCCUUGGCAUCGAGCUAGUUUUAGAUUGGGUAUUGUUUUAAACACCAUUAUCUAGCUAAAGCUGGCUAGCUGCGUGUUAUAACAAGCAAGGGAGAUUUUGUUCGUCAAAGCACAUCUGACUGGUUCGAGAUCAGCAGGGGGUUCGUUGGGAUACGGAAUGCGACUCGCUAAAUAACCAAGCCUCGGCUACACAGGAGAAACCACAUACAUUUCUCCGUUUUCAUUCAAAAGGGAGCAUGUUUGAGUGACAAGCGAAGGAGGAAGUGGGAUCUCUGAAGCUCCUCCCCCUGCUGGUGGAGCCUCUGUACAUCUGGACCAGAGACCCCUUUACUCAGCAGGACAGGAUGCGGAGGUUUGCCUACUGUAAGGUGGUUCUGGCCACCUCCCUGGUGUGGGUGAUGUUGGACAUGUUCAUCCUGCUCUACUUCAGCGAGUGUAACAAGUGUGAUGACAAGAGGGAGAGGGGCCUGCCAGGCAGGGACGAUACAGUAUUGCGUCCCAGGGAGGGUCCAGGAGAAGGAGGUAAACCUGUGGUGAUUUCUAAAGAGAACCAAGAGAAGAUGAAGGAGAUGUUUAAGAUCAACCAGUUUAACCUGAUGGCCUCGGAGAUGAUCGCAUUCAACAGAACCCUGCCUGAUGUCCGCCUGGAGGGCUGUAAGAAUAAGCUGUAUCCAGACGAUCUGCCUCGUACCAGUGUAGUGAUCGUGUUCCACAAUGAGGCCUGGUCCACUCUGCUGCGGACCGUCCGCUCUGUCAUCGACCGCUCCCCCAAGUCUCUGCUGGAGGAGGUGGUACUGGUGGACGAUGCUAGUGAGAGAGACUUCCUGAAGCGGCCGUUAGAGCAGUAUGUCAGGAGGAUGGAGGUUCCAGUCAGAGUGGUGAGGAUGGAACAGAGAUCUGGACUGAUCAGAGCCCGACUGAAAGGAGCCUCACUCUCCACCGGACAGGUGAUCACGUUUCUAGAUGCUCACUGUGAGUGCACCAUUGGCUGGCUGGAACCUCUACUGGCCCGCAUCAAACUAGACAGGAAAACGGUGGUGUGUCCCAUCAUCGACGUGAUCAGUGAUGACACGUUUGAGUACAUGGCUGGUUCUGACAUGACCUACGGAGGCUUCAACUGGAAGCUGAACUUCCGCUGGUACCCUGUACCCCAGAGAGAGAUGGACCGCCGCAAGGGAGACCGCACUCUGCCCGUCCGGACUCCUACCAUGGCCGGUGGGUUGUUUUCUAUAGACAGAGAUUAUUUCAAAGAGAUAGGGACAUAUGACGCAGGUAUGGACAUUUGGGGAGGAGAGAACCUGGAGAUCUCCUUUAGGAUCUGGCAGUGUGGGGGGACGUUGGAGAUCGUGACUUGUUCUCACGUGGGUCACGUGUUCCGGAAGGCCACGCCCUACACGUUUCCAGGGGGAACGGGUCAGAUCAUCAAUAAGAACAACAGACGCCUGGCCGAGGUCUGGAUGGACCAGUUCAAAAACUUCUUCUACAUCAUCUCCCCUGGUGUGACGAAGGUGGACUAUGGUGACAUCACGUCUCGCUCGUCUCUGAGACAGAAGCUGCAGUGUAAACCUUUCAGCUGGUACCUGGAGAACGUCUAUCCUGACUCCCAGAUACCACGACACUACUACUCACUGGGAGAGAUCCGUAACGUGGAGACUAACCAGUGUCUGGACAACAUGGCCCGGAAGGAGAACGAGAAAGUUGGCAUCUUCAACUGCCAUGGCAUGGGAGGAAACCAGGUGUUCAGCUACACGGCCAAUAAAGAGAUAAGGACAGAUGACUUGUGUCUAGACGUGUCCAAACUCAGCGGUCCUGUCAUGAUGCUCAAGUGUCAUCACCUCAAAGGAAACCAGCUCUGGGAGUAUGACCCCAUGAAGUUGACCCUGAUCCACGUCAAUAGUAACCAGUGUCUGGACAAGGCCAGUGAGGAGGACAGCCAAGUGCCCAGCGUCAGAGACUGUACACACACUCGCUCUCAACAGUGGCUGCUGCGCAACGUCACGCUGCCUGAGAUCUUCUGACCGCCGCCUACCCACACACACACACACACACACACACACACACACACACUGACGGAGAGAGAGAGAGAGUGAGAGGAGGGAAGAGGAGGAGGGCAGAAGGAACAGUCCACGCUGAAUGGGAUGAAGCAGGGCCCUUCUAUGGUGUCUGGGAGAGGGAACAUGUUUGGACUCAAUGGAGGAGAGACUCAUACUUUUAUGAAGAGAGACUGGUGAUGUUUUAAAGAGAGAGACCUGCUCCUGGAGAGACAUGUUGUUAAAGAGAGAGAGAGAGAGACCUGCUCCUGGAGAGACAUGUUGUUAAAGAGAGAGAGAGAGACCUGCUCCUGGAGAGACAUGUUGUUAAAGAGAGAGAGAGACUCACAGAGAACUUCCAUGGACAAGGCUGCAAAUUCAUCACUUAUGUUUACCUGUGUGUGUGUGUGUGUGUGUGUGUGUGUGUGUGUGUGUGUGUGUGUGUGUGUGUGUGUGUGUGUGUGUGUGUGUGUGUGUGUGUGUGUGUGUGUGUGUGUGUGUGUGUGUGUGUGUGUGUGUGCAAAUGCGUUCUCAAGUAAAGGUGGCUCAUUUAGUGAAAACAUUUUUUUCAUUGAGUUUUGAAAUGAACUUUGUUGAACUCAUAUGAAGGAAGGGUGUGUGUGUGUGUGUGUGUACAUGUGUUGGGAUAUGCCCUCCUGUUGCAGUAUUGUAUGACUGUGCAUGUAUGAGGAAAGCCCCAUACAGCCGCACCUAGCAGUGUCUGUCUCCCUCUAGUGUUCCUCCCCUGAGUUGCAGCCUAAAGAGGGACUCAGAGAGAGGAGAUGGAGACAGAGAGGGAGGGGGGACUCAGAGAGAGGAGAUGGAGACAGAGAGGGAGGGGGGACUCAGAGAGAGGAGAUGGAGACAGAGAGGGAGGGGGACUCAGAGAGAGGAGAUGGAGACAGAGAGGGAUUAGGGACUCAGAGAGAGGAGAUGGAGACAGAGAGGGAGGGGGGACUCAGAACUCUCCAGAGAAGCACCGAGGAACAAUGCGCUGAACCACAAACUGAACUGAAUCCCUAAUUGACAGACCUGCACUCCUACAGACAGAUAUAGAGACAGAAAUAAUAUGUUUGUGAUAUACUGAGAUUUCUAUGUAGACUUUUUUACAUGUCUUUGUUUAUUACUGUGAGAGUUCCACAGAGCAGCGACUGUAGUUUAUCUGUCUGUUUAUGUCUUUAAGGUAAAGUGUUUAACAUA